UGAUAAAUUAUACUUUCAUUUCGUGUCUUUCUUUAUUGAUAUUAAAUGCUGUCAGGAUAAUUUAAAUUGUCUUGGUGUUCACCAAGUUUUAGUAAACAUAUAAUGGCUCAAUGUGGUGACUUUAUUAAAAGUCAAUUUCCAUUAAUAGAUGAUGAUCUCAAAAAAUAUGUUGAGGAUAUUUUAGAUAACAGUGCUGGUGAAUUUGAAGACACCGAAGAAGUUUAUGAAGCAGUUGGGGAAGUACUGGCUGGCAUUUCAGAGAAAUCAGAGGAAGCCAUAAGAGAUAUAUGUGAACAGUUACUGCAUAUGCUACAACCGGACAAAACAGCAAACAAUGGUCCACGAAAAGUACUGGAUGCUCCUAUCCAUUUGGCUUCUAUGACUACAAAUGCAAAUGAUACUGAUGAUCUUAAAAGCAUAUGGUUACAGACCCGAGAUGAUAAUUUGAAAGUGGAUGCCAAAAAAUUAGAGAAGGCAGAAGCUAAAUUGCAACAGAAACAACAAAAGCAGAAAGAGUCAAGGGUACCAGUUUCUGCACCAGUGUUACAGACUGCCACUGCCUCACAGGUCACAUCUAAGAAGGAUAAUAAAUUGGAAGCAAAAGGCACUAACAGGACACAAGAUAUUAGGAUAGAAAACUUUGACAUUGCUUAUGGAGAUAGGGUACUAUUACAAGGUGCAGACCUUGUUUUAGCAUUUGGUCGACGUUAUGGUCUAGUUGGACGUAAUGGACUUGGCAAAACUACUCUCCUCAGAAUGAUAUCGGCUAAACAGUUAAAGAUACCCUCACAUAUAUCCAUACUUCAUGUAGAACAGGAGGUGGUUGGUGAUGAUACAAUAGCCUUACAGAGUGUUUUAGAAUGUGAUACAGUUAGAGAAAAUUUAUUGAAGAGAGAAAAAGAGAUUACAUCUGCUAUUAACAAUGGAUCAACAGAUACAAAUCUGUCAGCGGAAUUGACCGAAUUAUAUGCACAAUUAGAGAACAUAGAAGCAGACAAGGCACCCGCGCGCGCAUCCAUUAUACUUAGCGGUCUGGGCUUUACGCCUGAUAUGCAAAGUCGCGCGACAAAGACUUUCUCGGGUGGAUGGCGGAUGAGGCUCGCUCUUGCUAGAGCCUUGUUUUCGAAACCGGACUUAUUACUACUCGAUGAGCCAACGAACAUGUUGGAUAUAAAAGCAAUUAUUUGGUUAGAGAAUUACUUACAAAACUGGCCGACGACCCUGCUUGUUGUAUCUCACGACCGGAACUUUCUGGACACUGUACCUACAGAUAUAUUGCAUUUACAUACACAAAGGAUAGACACAUACAGGGGUAAUUAUGACCAGUUCCACAAAACGAAAACAGAAAAACAUAAAAACCAACAGCGCGAAUACGAAGCUCAGCAACAGCACCGCGCCCACACGCAGGAGUUCAUUGACCGAUUCCGUUAUAAUGCAAAUAGGGCUUCCUCAGUACAGAGCAAAAUUAAAAUGCUUGAUAAACUUCCAGAAUUGAAGCCAGUGGAGAAAGAAAUAGAAGUGGUACUCAGGUUUCCUGAAACUGAGCCUCUCUCGCCUCCAAUACUGCAACUGAAUGAAGUUAGCUUCUAUUACUCUAAAGACAGGGUUAUAUUCUCUAACGUCAACUUGGGUGCCACUCUUGAAUCUAGGAUAUGUAUAGUGGGCGACAAUGGUGCCGGAAAGACAACUCUAUUAAAAAUAAUAAUGGGCAUUCUUUCACCUACGAACGGAAUUAGGAGUGUUCACAGAGGGCUUAAGUUCGGCUACUUCUCACAGCAUCACGUAGAUCAACUUGAGAUGAAUGUCAAUUCAGUAGAACUACUGCAGAGAAGUUAUCCAGGCAAAUCAAUAGAAGAAUAUAGGAGACAAUUGGGUAGUUUCGGCGUAAGUGGUGAUCUUGCUCUGCAAACGAUCGCCAGCCUCUCAGGAGGACAGAAGUCGAGAGUCGCUUUUGCGAGUAUGUGCAUGGGCAAUCCUAACUUCUUAGUACUUGACGAGCCCACCAAUCACUUGGAUAUAGAGACCAUUGAAGCUUUGGGGAAGGCGAUAACUAAAUAUACGGGCGGUGUGAUACUGGUAUCUCACGACGAACGGUUAAUACGAAUGGUAUGUAAGGAGUUAUGGAUCUGUGGAAACGGCUCUGUUACCAGUAUAGAGGGAGGCUUUGACGAAUAUCGUAAGAUAGUCGAACGAGAGCUCGAUGCGCAGAGCAAGUAGGCAAAUUCUAUAUAUAUUGAAAGCUUACAGUAAACGAUUGAAAGUACUCCAUGCCUGUAUACAAAACAAGUCGAGAGAAUACUAUAUCGUUUUUAUAUUAUGAAUAAAAAAUAUAUUGUCGCACCUCAAGCAUAUGUGGAGUGCUUUCCGGUUUACUGGCCGAUAUGUAACUAAUAUAAUUAUCUGUGUAAAAAGUAAACCUAAACAAUAUUGUAAUAUACUUGUAGUGUUUUCAUUAUUUAUUAUUGCAUACUAUUUAUACAUAUAAUUUUAUUAUAAAUGAUUAUCGUUAAAGGAUAAAAUAAAUACAUAUUGUAAU